AUGUCCUGCCACGCCGAGCUCCGCCCCUCCUGCGACUCCGCCCCUCGCCGCCGCGAGUCUCCAGCCGGACACGCCCCCCAUUUCCCCGUCGGACGCCGCCGCUCCGGUACCCGCGGUCCUGCUCGCCCCUGCCGCCCCGCCCCCCGCCCUCGCGGUCCCGACACCCCCCCCCCCCCGGCCCCGGCCAACCCCCGGCCCCUCCCACCGCUGCCGCCAUCCCCGCCUUUGCCAUCCCGUCGGUCCCGGCUGUCCCAGGCCCCGCCCCUCAAUCCCGCCCACCGGCGUCACCGGCCCCGCCCCCUCCUGCCGCCGCCGCUCCCCCCCCCCCCGUUCCCCGCGAGUGCGGCCGCUCCCGCCCCCCCCCCCACGUCCCCCUCGCCCCCUUUGCCGACACAGCGGGGCCGGUGCUGGCCCAGGUCCCGUCGCUGCUGCCGCGUCUCUGCCGUUCCCUGCGGCUCCCGGAUCUGCGGUGCGAGCGCUCCUGGCGCGGCCGCGCUGCGCCCCCUGCGGACGCUGCCGCGGGAAGCUCUGCCCCCCCCCCACCCUCGCGUUCCAGUGCACGCCGCACACCCCGAGCUGCCCACGGGCCCCGUGGCAGUGCAAACGCCCCCGGCUGACCCCGUCCCUGCCGGCGUUUGGCCGCAAUCCCCCGGUCCCGGCACGGCACCGCUUGCGCUGGGACCGGAGCGCCCCGGCCCGCCCAGCCCGCCCGUGCCGGCGCCGCGGCGUCCGCACCGGUGGCUGCAGCCUCUGCCGUGCCUGCCGCCGCUCCAGCCCCGCCUCUGCCGUGCCCCGCCGCAGGGCAAACGCCCCCGGCUGACCCCGUCCCUGCCGGCGUUCCGGCGCAAUCCCCCGGCCCCGGCACGGCCCCGCUUGCGCUGGGAGCGGAGCGCCCCAGCCCGCCCAGCCCGCCCGUGCCGGCGCCGCGGCGUCGGCACCGGUGGCUGCAGCCCGCCCGUGCCUGCCGCCGCUCCAGCGCUGCCUCUGCCGUGCCUGCCGCCGCUCCAGCGCUGCCUCUGCCGUGCCUGCCGCCGCUCCAGCGCUGCCUCUGCCGUGCCUGCCGCCGCUCCAGCCCAGCCUCCCGUCCGCGCCGCCCCUGCCCGCCGGACCAGCAGCCACCCCAGCUCCCAGCGGCUGCACGCCGCGGCCCCCCCGCCGCCUCCCCGCCGCUCCUCCCGCCUCCCGGGAUCAUCUCCCGCUGACGAGGCCGCCCCGCCGCCGCCCGUGGUCGCUUUCCCGCUCCUGCCGCCGCCGCUCCAUGGCGGGCGGAGCCGCGCCUUCCCCAGCGCAGCCCCCCGCUUCAGAGCUUCUGGAUAGCGCGGCUCCGCCGCCUCCUGCAACCACGGGGGUCCCGGCGUUCCUUUCCACAGCCGCAGCCCCGCGCCCGCCCGCCAUGAUGACUGCCCUAGUGACGCAACCCACGCAUGCGCAGUUGCUACAACGCCGCACCAUCAAUAUCACUCCGCGCCGCCUCAUCCAACCACGGCGCUGCUCCGCCGGCACCCCGCACUGCUUUGGCCGCCGCUUUGGUACAGCGCGGUCCCGGUUCCGAGCCGCUGCGUGCCGCUGU